AUGAUGCACUACAAGAAAGGAAAGAACGUGGAGGAGGAACUAUCGCAGGACCAGAUUCCGAUCGAAGUUUUGCCGGAGCAGUUUCUCUGGAUGCAUGUGAAGGGUGGUUCGGCGGUAAUGAAUCUGGUCGAGCAUGCGAAAAAAGCCCUAGAAGAUGGUACGCAUCGUUCCGUCGUUUGGAGCGGUUCGGAUGGUGGUGUUGGCAAGACGAUAAGCUGUGCGGAAAUCAUAAAGCGACACUUUGAGCUGCACCAGGUCACACGGAUUUGUUACAGGAAAGUUGAAGAGUUUUGGGACCCACAGGAGAAUGGAUUGGAGCAAAUCGUCGCCAAACGGAAUAUUCCCUGUGUGCACAUUCUAACCUCGCUGGACGAGAUAGACCCAAAGGUGCCAGGCUACCAGCAUUCCAAAACACAGGGUGGAUUCUGGACGGGGGCAGGCCUAGGGCCUAGCGAUGGUAGUCCUCGCAAGCGCCCACAAGGACAGCGUCCCAAGGAGGGUGGCGAUAAGAAAGGAAACUACUUUACCGGACCUCAGCUUAAGAAAAUAGCGAAUCGACACUAUUCGAACGGUGGUGAUGAGCCGGCUGGCUCGAAUAGCAAUGGCGCGAAUCGACAACAGAAUAACAAAGGGAAAGGGGGAAGGGGUCACAAAAAUGGUCCCGGUGGAGAUGGUGCUGGAAAUUCACGUAACAACAAGGGUAAGCAGAAGGAAGGCAACAAUCGGCGGAAAUCGAACGUGACUGAGGUAGGUGAAAGUAGUGGUGGUGGUGGUGGUGGAAAGAAAGGAAGUGGCGGGAAGGAUAAAACUGAUAAUGGAGACCCUCAGUGA